UAUAUUUCCCCAAUGAAUUACAAGUGUUAUUACUAAUACUACUACAGUUUGCACCAAGUGAUAUUGAACUAGUGACUCUCGAAUAGUAUGCCUGUAACACAAAGUAAGAAGUAAUAGCUGUUGGAUGUUCGAGCUACUAUACGGUGUGAAUUUCUAUUCUAGUGCUUCGUACUAUGAGGUGCAGUCAUGUCUGAAUUCGAUGGUCGUAAAGUAGAUCGUCUGGAAGGAUCAGGAUCUGGCAAAGGAGGAUUGUUCAUUCGCAAAAAGCAAGCUGCUUCUUCUAGUGGGGAAUCUCACGUCUUUCAGAAGCCUGACAGCAAAGGGUCUGUGCUUGGGCUGCAGCAAUUAGCAGAGAAAAGGAGAGCGGAGCGUGAACAAGAGCCUCGAUCCAGCCACGAGCCUGCUCCUAAGGCAUCGUAUUCGUCAAGGCACGAACAUGGCCGAAGUUCACGUCGUUGGGCAGACAGUGGAAUGGGCUCUAGUCGUGGUGACAUGAGAGACACACCUGGUAGUGAGAGACGUAGUGGCAAGUGGUACGAUACACCUACACCUAGGCACCGAUCUAAAGAUGAAAGGACUCCGUCUCGCUCAUCCUGGGACAUCGACGAUGGUGGCACACCGUCCAGGAAUGCAUGGGACACACCCGGUGGCACGCCACGUUCGGCGCGUGAUUCCGGAGCAGACUUCGGUACUCCCCUCCCAACUCCAAGCCACAAGACCAAUGCCUGGGAGCGCAAUCGUCACAAGACCGGUGCAACGCCUAAACUUGCAUCUUCAGCUAGUGAACGCUCUGAACGUCAUGUUGUGAGUGACUCGGCUGAUAAGGAGCUUUGGGAGGCAGAGCAGAAGAAACUUGACCGUCUCUGGUACAACAUGGACAGUGGGUACGAUGACACAAACAAUCCGUUUGCAGGCGAAUCCGAGGAGUACACCAAACGCAAGGAGGAGCAGCUGGCCCAGCAGAUGAAGAAGAGAAUAUCUGCUCAGCGCCGCCAGAUUAAUCGGGACUUGGAGAAGUGGGAGGAAAACCGCAUGUUGACCAGCGGUGUUGUGAUGCGCACCAACGUGGAUGAAGACUUUGAAGACGAGCAGGCAGCUCGUGUGCACCUUCUGGUUCACAACAUAGUGCCGCCGUUCCUGGACGGCCGCAUCGUGUUUACCAAGCAACCCGAGCCCGUUGUUCCAAUCAAGGACCUAUCAGCGGACAUUGCUGUGAUGGCACGCAAAGGCAGUCAGUUACUUCGACGACGUCGCGAGAUGAAGGAGCGCGUCAAAGCCCAGCAGAAGCACUGGGAGUUGGCGGGCACUAAACUAGGCGGUCUGCUUGGCGUCAAAGACAAGGAGGAUGAUGACUCCAAGUCUCUAGGGGCCAAGGAAGUCAACUACAAGUCCGAUUCUCAGUUUGCAGAUCACAUGAAAGGCAGGCAGGGUGCCUCCAGUGAGUUUGCCAAGAAGAAAUCAAUCCGGGAGCAGCGCGAGUUCCUGCCCAUCUUUGCUGUUCGCAGUGAGCUGCUGAGCAUCAUCCGCGACAACAGCAUUGUUGUCAUUGUGGGCGAGACAGGCUCUGGCAAGACCACUCAGCUAACACAGUACAUGCUAGAAGAGGGGUACGGUGAUCGAGGCAUGAUCGGGUGCACACAACCGCGUCGUGUGGCCGCUAUGUCUGUAGCUAAGCGUGUAUCCGACGAGCAAGGCGUGCCACUCGGGGACCAAGUCGGCUACUCUAUCCGGUUUGAAGACGUCACAACAAAGAAGACCAAGAUCAAGUACAUGACGGACGGUAUUCUGCUGCGUGAGUCUCUUCGAGAUGCUGAUAUCGACAUGUACUCUGUGGUCAUCAUGGACGAAGCUCACGAGCGCUCACUCAACACUGAUGUGCUGUUCGGUCUGUUGAGAGAGGUGAUCGCGCGGCGUAACGAUUUGAAACUGAUCGUCACCUCGGCCACUAUGGAUGCUGGCAAGUUUUCGACAUUCUUUGGAAACGUGCCAAUCUUCAAGAUCCCUGGUCGAACAUUUCCAGUGGACAUCAUGUAUACAAAGACAUCCGUGGAAGACUACAUUGAGAGUGCAGUCAGACAAGCCAUGCAGCUACACUUGACUCCCAGCAAAGGUGAUAUUCUGAUCUUUAUGCCUGGCCAAGAAGAGAUUGAAGUAACUUGCGAGACAAUUGCUGACCGUCUGGAGAGCCUGGAAGAAUCACCUCCACUUGCUAUUCUGCCAAUCUACUCUCAGUUGCCCAGCGAUCUGCAGGCUAAGAUCUUCCAGAAAGCACCGGAUGGCGUGCGCAAGUGUGUGGUGGCAACCAACAUUGCUGAAACCUCACUCACAGUUGAUGGUAUCAUGUUCGUCGUGGAUUCCGGCUAUUGCAAGCUGAAAGUCUAUAAUCCCCGCAUUGGUAUGGACGCUCUGCAGGUUUACCCAAUUAGCCAGGCCAACGCCAAUCAGCGAUCAGGCCGUGCGGGACGUACCGGAGCAGGUCAAUGCUAUCGCCUCUAUUCGGAGAACUGCUACAAGCGCGACCUGCUGGCCAUGACUGUGCCGGAGAUCCAGCGAACCAACCUGGCCAACGUUGUGCUGCUUCUGAAGAGUCUGCAUGUGCAUGACCUGCUGCAGUUCCACUUCAUGGACCCACCUCCACAGGACAACAUCUUGAACAGUAUGUACCAGUUGUGGAUCCUUGGUGCAUUGGACAAUACUGGUGACUUGACUCCGCUCGGCCGCCAGAUGGUGGAGUUCCCGCUGGACCCAGCUCUUAGCAAAAUGUUGAUCUUCGCCACGGAUAUGGGCUGUAGUGAGGAAAUCCUGAUCAUUGUGUCGAUGCUGUCCGUGCCAGCAAUCUUCUACCGUCCGAAGGGACGCGAAGAGGAAAGUGAUGCAGCGAGAGAGAAGUUCCAAGUUCCGGAGAGUGACCAUCUCACCUUGCUGCACGUCUACCAACAGUGGAAGUCAAAUACGUACAGUGCACGCUACUGCAACGAUCACUUCAUACACGCCAAGGCGAUGCGCAAGGUGCGCGAGGUGCGCCAGCAACUUCACGACAUCAUGGACAAACAGAAACUGGAGCUGAUCUCGUGCAACACACAGUGGGACAUUGUGCGCAAGUGCAUUAGCUCGGCGUACUUCUUCCAGGCUGCAAGGCUGAAGGGCAUCGGUGAAUAUGUCAACUGCCGGACAGGAAUGCCAUGUCACUUGCACCCGACCAGUGCAUUGUAUGGUAUGGGCUUCACACCGGACUACAUUGUCUAUCACGAGUUGAUCAUGACCUCAAAAGAAUACAUGCAGUGUGUCACCGCGGUGGAUGGCGAAUGGCUGGCUGAGCUCGGUCCAAUGUUCUUCAGCAUCAAGGAGUCUAAUCGAUCGCGUGCUGAUAAGAAGAAAGAAGCCAAGGACACUGUCCGCUCAAUGGAGCAGGAGAUGAAGGAUGCUUCUGAACGGUUGCAGGCACGCAAGGAGGAGGAAGAUGCACCCCCGUCCGUCGGACCAUCGGUACGCAUCGACACACCAGGUCACAGUCAGACACCUCGCCGUACUCCGCACCGCAUCGGCCUAUGAUCUGAUCUGCCCCACUGUUUUGGGAUUGUCAUUGAUCUGAUCUGCCUCGUUGCUGUGUUAUUGUCAUUGAUCUGAUCUGCCCCGUUGCUGUGGGAUUGCCUCUGGCUGGGUUCGUAGUGCUGUGCUACAGCGGCGCGCUAGCUUUUUUACAUCAGAUAGUUAGAGUGUGUGCUAUGCCACAGUGACGUGCGCCAGUAUUGCACGUCAGCUGGUGUGAAUGUGUGCUAUGCCACAGCUAUGCGCCAGCAUUGCACUUUAGCUAUACUGUGAGUGUAUGCGUAGGACAGCGGCAUGCCAGCAUUGCACAUCACUGCACUUUGGUUAGUGCGAACGUGUGCAUGCUGACUAGCAUGUGAUGGAUACCUUGGCAGCAACCGAGAAACAUUUUCUCUGACCGACGUUAGACCAGCUAGAUAGGUAAUUGGCUAGUGGAAUCACUGAUUUCACUGCCUACCUUUUUUUAUUACUCACUGAGCUGCUUGGAGUUCUUGUGCUUUUUAUUUUUUGCUUACACAUCGAAACUCAUGAAACAAGACCAACCAAGUAGGAGCUGCCCUCCAGUUAUACAUUUGUUCGCUCUGAUAACGUUAUUUUAUUUAUCAUCAUCAUGAUCCUAUGAUCCUCUUGCCAGGUAAAACCAUCCACUUGAGCAUAAAACUCAUGCUUUCUUUAGUCUCGUGAAUAUUGCUUUGACUGAUGUAGAGGUUCUUAGUGAA